ACGCCUACGCACGCUCGCGCGUCGUCGGCGCGACCUUCCCGCGGCGGCAGAAACCUCCGCGAGUUCGUCGUCGAACGCGCGCGCGUUCGACACAGCUCUCGCGUCGCGCGACGGCGACGGCGGCGCCGCGUGCACGGCGCGCGCGAUCGACGCGCGGGGUUCUUCGCGUUUGAGGAAGAAGCGGUAGAUUUCAGUCGUCUCGCGUCAUGACCGAAGCGGUCGUGAGAGGCGUCAAAGGGAUGAAGUCCGUCAUGGACAUGCCCGUGAUGCAGGACGGUCCCCCGCCCGGCGGAUACCCCUCCGUGCGAUACGCGCGCCGCAUCCCGUCCACCGGCCCGACCGGCGCGGCGAUGUUCGGCGCCUACCUCGGCGCGAUGGUGUACGGGUUCUAUCAGAUCGGCCAAGGGAACAAACGGCGGCGAGGGCUCGCGGAGGAAAAGAUGACGGCGCGCGCGGUGCUCAUCCCGUUCCUUCAAGCGGAGGAAGAUCGACGGUACGUGACGGCGUUUAAAGAGAGGACGGCGCAGGAGGCGGAGAUCAUGAAGGGCGUCGCGGGGUGGAAGGCGGGGGAGAACGUGUACAAGUCCACGUGGUUUCCGCCCCACACCUCGGUGGCGAUCAAGCCGGGGCUCAUCUAGAAGAAGAUUCGGUCGGCGCCGCGGCGGCGCGAACCUUCGAGUCGCACGCGUAAAUACCUCCUCGUGUAAUACUAACGAAAAUACAUCUAGAGAA